UUGUGGAGGCGACAACUUCUCCGAUUCCUCGCAAUGGCGGCGUCCGGGAGUGGUAUGGCUCAGAAAACCUGGGAAUUGGCCAACAACAUGCAGGAAGCCCAGAGUAUCGAUGAAAUCUACAAAUACGACAAGAAACAGCAGCAGGAAAUACUGGCGGCGAAGCCCUGGACUAAGGAUCACCAUUACUUUAAGUACUGCAAAAUCUCAGCAUUGGCUCUAUUGAAAAUGGUGAUGCAUGCCAGAUCAGGAGGCAACUUAGAAGUGAUGGGCUUAAUGCUGGGAAAGGUGGAUGGUGAAACCAUGAUCAUUAUGGACAGUUUUGCUUUGCCUGUAGAGGGCACUGAAACCCGAGUAAAUGCUCAGGCUGCUGCAUAUGAGUACAUGGCUGCAUAUAUAGAAAACGCCAAACAGGUUGGCCGCCUUGAAAAUGCAAUUGGCUGGUAUCAUAGCCAUCCUGGCUAUGGCUGCUGGCUUUCUGGGAUAGACGUUAGUACUCAGAUGCUCAAUCAGCAGUUCCAGGAACCAUUCGUAGCAGUAGUAAUUGACCCAACAAGAACAAUAUCUGCAGGGAAGGUGAAUCUUGGAGCCUUUAGGACAUACCCAAAGGGCUAUAAACCCCCUGAUGAAGGACCUUCUGAGUACCAGACUAUCCCACUUAAUAAAAUAGAAGACUUUGGUGUACACUGCAAACAGUAUUAUGCCUUAGAAGUCUCAUAUUUCAAAUCCUCAUUGGAUCGCAAAUUGCUUGAGCUUUUGUGGAAUAAAUACUGGGUGAAUACCCUGAGUUCCUCUAGCUUGCUUACUAAUGCAGACUAUACCACUGGUCAGGUCUUUGAUUUGUCUGAAAAAUUAGAACAGUCAGAAGCCCAGCUGGGACGAGGGAGUUUCAUGUUGGGUUUAGAAACACAUGACAGAAAGUCAGAAGACAAACUUGCCAAAGCUACAAGAGACAGCUGUAAAACUACCAUAGAAGCUAUCCAUGGAUUGAUGUCUCAGGUUAUUAAAGAUAAACUGUUUAAUCAAAUUAACAUCUCUUAAACAGUCACUAAGUAGGCUUUUUGACUGAAAGCCAAUAUGAGAAAAAUACUCAAGUAACACUUUAAAACCAGUUACCAAAAAUCUAAUUAGAAGUAUAAGGUGCUCUGAAGUGUCCUGAAUAUUAACAUCCUGUAAUAAAGCUCUUUAAAAUGAAA